UUGUAAAUAGAAAACUUUUGAAUAAUAACGGUUUGGAAACCCUUACCCUUUUCCUUCCGCCGCCAUCCUCGUCUCCGGCGCCGUUUGAUUUUCUGCCACCACGACCUCAGUUGCUCCGCCGCAAGAGCUUCACCUCUCAUCCACCACAAUUGCAAUUAUCAUAGCACAUAGGACAUAGGUGCUGCAACUGCACUCUGCAAAUGAAGUUUGCAGUGAAGAAAGCAUUGAGUAGCAGUGGCGCUCGUGUGGGAGUACUCGAGGUGGGAAGCUGCCCGGCGCCAAUCGAAACCCCUGCUCUUCUCCUGGCUACUCGAAAAGGCCUCCCUCACUUCAUCUCCCCUGAGCUUCUCCCUUCUCUCCCAUCGCCUGAUUCCAACCUCCUUCAAGUGUCUCCUCUGCACUUUUUGGAAGGACUCUCUACAACCACUAUAUCAAAAAUAGGAGGCCUUCACCAAAUGCUUGGUUUGAAACAACAUGGAAUUGCAGCUGUACCCAGGGAUUCUAUACAGUGCCUUCCUGAGUCCAAAGCAGCUACCAGACUUGGAGCUUCUUUCGAGACACCUUGUGGCCGUCUAUUGAUUAAACCUAAAGAUUAUAUUGAAAUGAUAUCCUGCAUGAAGCCAAAUAUAUGGGCAUCUUUGGCAGAUGAAGUACCUGCUUGGGUCUCUGAGAAAAGGAACAAAACCUCGGUAGAUAGAACUUUGAGAUGGCUUGAUGACUGCAUUUCGUUGUAUCCGGCAGCUGGAUCUAUCUUUGGUGCCAUCGUCGGAGGCACAAGUUUGGAAGAAAGGAAGCGAUGUGCAGAGGAGGUAGCUAAGCGAAAUGUAUCAGGCUAUUGGAUUGGAGGAUUUGGACUUGGAGAGGGCAUUGACGAGCGACCUGCUCUUUUAAGAGAAGUUAUGGAUAUCUUGCCAGACGAGAAGCCACGCUUAACAUGUGGGCUUGGACUCCCAGAGGAGAUUUUGCAGGGGGUUGCCGCAGGAAUUGAUCUUUUUGAUUCAACGUACAUCUAUUCCCUCACACUUGGAGGAUUUGCGCUAACCUUUUCAUUGGACAAAAGCGGGGAGCAACAUAAUUUACAGUCAGACCAGAUUGGAAGUGACUCGACUAAAAUUAACUUGAGAGCAACAGCUUACCGGAAAGAUAUGUCCCCCAUUUUAGAAAACUGCACCUGCUAUACGUGUCAAAAUCAUACUAAAGCUUACAUCAAUCACCUACUCAAUGUUCAUGAAAUGCUGGCACAGACUCUUCUAGAAAUACACAAUACCCAUCACUAUUUGAGGUUCUUCCAUGUAAUAAGAGCAGCAAUCCAAGAUGGAAGCUUUGAGGAAUUCCGGCAGGCGUUCUUGGAGAGCAGGCGUGAGCAUUUCAAAGGAGAAGCCAUUUCAACUUGAGAUCAUAUACAAGUUAAUGCAAAUUUUGUUGUUAAUUAAUUAGUCGUGUAAUUAUUUGUGAAAUUAAAUUAUAAAAUGGGAAUUAUUGAUUGCCAUUGGGUGGGGAAUGUUGUCCAUGCAUCACUUGUGGUUUUUUGUUUGAGUUAAAUUACUUGCCAGUUUAGCUGUUCAUUUAUUAGAUACACACUUGAUAAUACAAACUUGAAAGGGGUAUAUUUGAUUCACAAAAGUAACCAAUU